AUGUCUAGCUGCUCCAGUGAAGUCGAUGUGCAGGGAAGUGUCGUGUCUAACACAUCCUGCAACGAAGAACAACAAAAAACAAUUCUGGAUGUCCUUACUCACUGCCAGGUCAUCUAUGAUGCUAUUCAAAACCUGGAUAAGAAGUUUGAUGUUAUUCAUGGAAAGGUUACAAAAAUCCACCGUUUUCGUAUGAAGUCAUGGUGGCACACUCGUAAGCCACUUGGAUAUGCAUUUAAAGAUUAUAAUUACCUGCUUUCUAGAAAGAUGAGAUACCAGCAAAUGAGGAAGAAGGCGUGUCUCUCUCCAUUCUCUUACCCUGGAAGUUAUAGCCCCACUAUUCCAGUACAAAUGCCGGAAAAUGAUUCCCAGAGCAACGCUCUAGAAGCACCUUUUGAGUCCCACGUGGCUCUGGAGCUGGAGCAAGGCCUUAGCCUGAGCCCGACGGUCCCCUCAACCUUCGCCAGGCAUUCCUACCAGGAGUACUACUCGCCCGAGGACCCCACGCAGGGCUCCUCCGUGCCUUGCUGCCACAGUCCAGAGGCCCACAACACCUGCAGUCUUUACUCAGACACCCAGUCCACUGCAGCCGAGCCUGCAACUGUGCUGACCCAGAGUGAACGCAGUCCAGCACAUAACCCUGACAUGACCUACCCACCUUUACUGGAAAACGAUAGAUUCAGCCAUGCUGGCUCACCUCCCUACGUCCCGACCAGCUUCGUUCCAAGUUCACCAAUUGGAAGCGACCCGGGUGCCCUCAAACAGAGCUUCCCUGAUGACCCUUCAACCUGGUCUGUGGAUGAAGUGAUCCUGUUUCUGAAACGCGUAGAUCCUCAGAUAUCAGGCGCCCUCGCCGACCUCUUCAUGCAACAUGACAUUGAUGGGAAAGCUCUGCUACUGCUCAAGAGUGACAUGAUGAUGAAGUACAUGGGCCUUAAGCUGGGGACAGCUGUGAAGCUGUGCCACUACAUUGAAACGCUUAAACAAGACAAAUACCUCAACAAUUUAAAACGUGUGUAG